AUGUCUAGCAUAUGGGAUAUGACAGACAAGGGGAAAGGUAAGGCCAUUGAUGCUGACCCAGAGCCCGAGGUGGAAGGGAGCCAGAAGAGGAAGUCUCCCAUGAUUUCAGGACUCUCCUCCCAACUGCCAAAGUCUGCGAUGAAGACUCACAAGUGUGUGAAGUCCUCUUGCUGGGUGAUGUCCAAGCCCCUAGUGGACUCAGAAGAUGAGGAAGAUGUGGGUAUUCAGCCAUUUUCAGGUGGAGUGCUGGAUGUCAUCCUUCCCCAGCUCUCCAAUUUGCCUAGAUCACCCCAGGUUCUGACCAAAAAGCCCUUUGGCCCUGCUACAGUGAUUGCCAGCAGUCACCUGGCAGUCAUCAAGCCCUCCCAGCCAACUCCUGAAAGCCCGGUGGAGGCACCCCCAGUCAUCAAUGGAGGUGAUAUUCUCAUUCCCAGACCAGUUUGCACCAAGCUAAACUGGGACUGCGCAACUCAGUUGGACAAGAGGACCAGGAAUCCAUUGACUAUGGGUACCCUGCUGAAAUGUGUUUGUGAAUCCUCUACCACCUGGAACACAAGGUCCAGGACGCCCUCCAAGGCUCCCUCCAAAGCUCCCCCCGCCUCCCAAUCCAAGGCCCGGACUCACAGUCAGUCUCAUGGCAAGUCUGGAACUCCAGGUGUUGCAGCUGUGACAACCCCCAAGACCCAGACAUGUGGUCACAGCAAGACCAUCACUGCUGUCAAGGCACCUGCACCUGCACCAGCUCAUAAGUCACCCAAUUCAGCAGUGCCUGCUCCAGCACCCGGUUUGGCAGUCCCUGCUGCAGCACUUGACCUGCCCAUGCUGGAUCUCCAUGCCAUGGCAAUUGCAAUUCGGGAUGGCACAGCUCGCAUUGCCAUUCUCGAGACUCGUGUGGCAGAGCAGGACGGUAAGAUUGAUACCCUGCAAUGCCUCCAUGAAGGCCUUAGGCACAAAAUCAUCGACCAGCACCCUGCAUUCCCACUUCCCAAACCUCCAGCCAAUGCAACAUCCUUGUUGCUUGAUCAAUCCAUCCCCCCCUCCAUGUCACCAUCCACAUCUGCACUCCCUCCUCUCAUUGAUCUCUUGAUUGGAGAGAUGAUGCCCGCACCCCUGAAAUUUGAGGAUGCCUCUGCCAUUGAGGGCCUCCUGUUUGAGUACAACCAGGUUGUUCAACCAGAGGUUCCAGAUAUGUCCAGCGAAAUUGUGGACCUGGGUGAUCCAGGCAACCUGGUCCCAGAAUAUGUGUUACGAACUAGGAUGGUCGUAACAACAACGGCUCAAUAA